AUGGGAUGUGCAAGGGCAAAAUCUAGGCUGACUGCAAUUGCCUGGACCAGCACUAGUGGUGGCCUUUCCACACUCCAACCCUUAACACUGGAUAAGAAAUACCUUCUGUCUAUAAGAGGUGAUGACUUUGAUGCUGACAAAGAUACCACCAGAGCAACCAAAGAUGGUGCUGGUACCAGUAGUUUCAGACCACUACAACAGCCACAGUCAUGCAGUGUGGAAGAUUAUUGGACAGACUAUGACAGCAGCUCCUUCAGGGACAGUAUUACUGUGAAUACUGUGGCAUCUAUUCCCCGGAAGUAUGACAGCAGCUCCUCCAGGGACAGUAUUACUGUGAAUACUGCGUUAUCUGUUUCCCAGAGUAUGACAGCAGCUCCUCCAGGGACAGUACCUGGGACACAGAAGUCAAACAGAAUGGCGAGUCUUUGUCUUUUGAGUAUUUUGGCCCUGUUCUGUACCUUUGUUGAUGCUCAGGAGUCAGCAGUUGCUUUGGCUGGAGCAAUUAGUGACUGUCAGACGCUGUAUGAAGCAGAUAAUACAUUGAAAAAUGGUGUCUAUGCUGUUUAUUAUGACAUUAAUUCACCUGGAAAGAAGGCCACUUGUGACAUGGGGGCGAAAGGCUGGACUGUUAUAUUUCAGCGUUACAUGAGCAGGGAUGUCAACUUUGACCUUGACUGGAAGUCGUACAAGAAUGGUUUUGGAGAUGUACAGUUCACCUACUGGCUAGGCCAUGAGUUUGUACACCAGUUAACUAAAACAGCAAACUACAAGCUAAGGGUGGUAUUCUCAGCUGGCAGUGUCAGUAGGUUUGCAGAAUACAGCCACUUCAAACUGGAGCCAGAAUCACAGAACUAUGCCAUGAGGCUAGGUACGUACCAGCCCAGUACAGCUGAAGAUGGCUUCAUUGAUCCUAUAGUGAAGAAUCAGGUGGACAAUACCAUGUUUAGUACUCCGGACAAUGAUAAAGAUCAGUCUCCUGCCAACUGUGCCUCUGCAUACCAGAGUGGUUGGUGGUUUAGAGAUUGUCACGCCUCCAUCUUGACCCUGAAGGACCACCUUGAAUGGCAAGGUCUGUGCAGCAGUAAGGGAGAGUGUACCUUUGUAAAGAUGAUGAUUAUGAGAGUGUAAUUGUUUUAUUUUGACAGCAGAGAGGUAGCAUAUGCAUACAAUUUAACAUGAAAGUGUACUAUGUGUUCAAAUUUAUCAAUGCUUGAAAACAGGGAAAAAUAUUGUUAAAGGGGAAACUAGAUGAUUUGCUCAGUAAUUCCUGUAUUUAAAAAUGAAAAACAAAUAAAA